UUGCAGUAGUGUACUGUACACUUCAAUGGGGAUAGCUUUUUCUGAAUAAUAAUGAUAAUAAAAUGAGCAGGUAGCAGGAUAGAGAUCACGGAAUAGACGGCUGGAUUUGUAAGGCAAAAAUCGUUUGCGUCCUGGAGCUUAACCAGCAAGGAAGGCCAUCGCUGUCUCUAUUUCCCCCGGCGGAGGCGGUGCUUCCUCCAUUAUUGUCUAAUUUCGGUCUCUCGGAAAAAUAAAAUGCCUUUAGUGGUUGAGUCGUUGACUAACCCCAAUUUCAUCCAUAUGUGUUCCACCCAACACUAUUAAAAUAUUCUCACCGUAUAGCGGCAGACAACUCAGCCUAAGUUCUGAAUACAUACAAUGAGGGGGAAAUCAAAUAAAUAUCCGAAUCAGCUCAGAAUCUGAAGAAAAAAGAAGGGUUUUUAUAUUUAUCUGUUGUAUAUCAUCUACUAUUAUUGUUGAAUUCAUACAGUCCCCAUUGUGCAUAUGAUCUAUGUUCAAUGAUGACGAGCCUUUGUAUUUCAAGAAGAUGCACGAAUUCUCUACAGGUGAUGGUUUUGUGGAGAUGGCCAACAGCUUAGCAGACAUGAUUAGAUUUGUGGGAAAUGAACCAUCAGUGGGGCUUUUCUACAUCCAACAACAUGCACAUAAUGCAGUCCCCAACCUCAUCAACCUCAAAACAAAGGUUGCCAGUAGAUGUCGUGAGACAAGUUUACGUGCACAGGAUUCCGAAGAUUCCACAGUCAUGGUUAGAUCAAUGAAGCAUUGCGGUUUUCGGAUUGCCAAAGAGAUGAUCAAAGAUAUUCGACAUUGCCUUGCUGUCAUUUCUUUCAGUACAAGACAAGAGGAGGAGAAGAGGAAGAAAGGGUUGUCGAUAAAAACCGGAAGUUCAAGUUUUCGGGUCAGGAAAACUGAUCCUUUCAGUGGGCCGCAACUUGAAUUUUUCAGAAGUAGUGGGUAUCUCUCAGAUGUGUUCAGAUCACCUAGAAGUAUGAAAUGGCCUAAACGUGAGGAGUCCGGAGAAGAACUUAAAAUGGUGAAGGUGGGUAAUGAUGAUGAAGCAGACAACGAUGAUGACUUGCCUGUGUCGACUCAGGUGGUCGAUGAGCUGGCGGUGGAUAUAAGCGUGCCUUGUCAUAAUCAGAUUCACUCCCAUUUGAAUGACAGCUAUGAUGAGCUGAACAUACAAGCAAGGUUUGAAGAUUGGUUGGAAGGAAGAGGCAAUCAAUAAGGACUCUGUGCAUUUUAUAUGGCUUUGCAUGUAUGUGGGGUGGAUGAGGUUAAGCUUUUCUAGUUUCUUAUGAAAGAGCUCUACAUCCCUCCAUCAUUGUUUGUUGGCUAAUCUUUGUACCAUAAUCAAUGAAGAAAGUUGUUAGUAAGGGAAUGAAUAAUAAUGCUAUAAUUCGACAGGUUAUUACAGUUUCCAGUUAUUGAUGUUU